GCGAAAUAUUUUUUUUAAAGCACACAAAAUAUGUUGUAAACUCGUGAUGAUACAUGCAAUGUAAAAGUACCAGCGUUAGGUAUAAUUUACAGUAUUUGUUUUCAAACUUAAAUCUGGCAAUAUGUUUGACGCCUACUACGGGUCUUGAAUGAAGACACUCCGGAUUUUUCUUCUUUCCCAAGCUUUCUGAAAUUUGGUUUGAAACUCAAUGAAAGAAUGCCUCCAAAAAAUAAGCUGAAGAAAGUGAUACAUCAAGAUGAACUGCGACGGUUAAUGAGAGAGAAACAAAGGCAAACGAUAGAUAAGAAGAAACGUGUCGAAUCCCCAUACGCCAAGUACAACAGUCUCGAUCACCUUAGCUGCGUACUCUGCAACGAGCGAGUAAAGAAUGAACUAUUGUGGCAGACUCACAUUCUUGGAAAACAGCACAAGGAGAAAGUUUCCGAGCUCAAGGGGUCUAAACAGAGUUCUACAAGUCAAGGACCCCAGACUCCGCUUAAAAGGAAAGCUUUGGAUUCUGAAGACACGAAUGGGAAGAAGUUUAAACCAGUGGCAGGUACAGAGCAGUUAUCUAUGUCAGGGCUACCUGAUGAUUUCUUUGCUAAACCUGCCCCGCCUGGGCCGAAGAAACUACCUGGAAUAUUGAAAAAAACGACAUCUGCUGGGCUGAGUCUUUUGGCCGGAGUCUAUGAUGAAGAGGAGGCUGGUGACCAGGGGGCAGAUUCUAGCUUGGGUGUACAGAAGGGGGAACCCGCCCCAGGACUCCCAUCUGAUUUCUUCGACAACAGCACCAUUCCAGCUGUCCCACCUGCUUCUCAUUCAGGGUCUAUCCUCAAACCAGAUGAAACUGAGAAGAGUGUGGAGAAGGGAAAUACACCUGAAGCGCUACCAGAAGGCUUCUUUGACGACCCAGUGAGAGAUGCCAAAGUCCGUAAUGUCGAUGCUCCCAAAGAUCAAAUGGAUAAGGAGUGGGAAGAGUUCCAAAAGGAAAUGCGGCAGGUGAACACCAAAUCAGAGGCCAUUGUAGCAGAGGAUGACGAGGAGGGUCGUCUUGAGCGUCAGAUUGAUGAAAUCGAUGAGCAAAUUGAAUGUUACCGGAGGGUUGAGGUAUUGAGAGAUAAGCAAGAUGUGGUGAAGAAGGUUGUGAAGGAGAAAACAGAAGACCAGGAAGACUCCAGCAGAAGUGAUGAGGAUGAAGAAGAGCUGCUCCACUUGUUGUCAAGGGACUGGAGGGCCAAAGGGGCCCUUGCUUAAAACUCCCAGGGCCUUUUGACCCUAACUUCAUCAAAAGGUUUCUCCAGAUUAUAAAUAAAAGAGUGAAGUUGCAUAGGAAGCCACUUCUUUCCUCCCUCCAUGUCAGUGACAAACAUUUGUUGAGGAUAUUGAAUGUCUAAGUGUUGUCUUCUACAGUUUUUAUGUCUAUAUAACAUGCUUUUGUGGUAAAUGCUGUUUUUCCUACUGUCAGACUGUCACACAAAUACUAUACUAUCGGCAUUCAUAAAAAAAAUGAACGGGAGCCAAAUCCAAAAUUCUCAUUCCUGGAUCCCUUACACACAGCUCAAACUCGUAAUAAAAUCCACACUAAUUUAGUUUCCUCUGUGGUUGCACAACAAAUAUAUCAUCACAGCUAACACAAACAAAACGUAUUCAAUUUACACCCCAUCUGUUUCUCAUUAUCGGAACCUGGUGCAUGAUACACUGCAUUCCAAAACAGAAACUACAGAGUCCUCCUUUAUGAGAACCUUGACUUGAAUACCGUCUAACGCUUGAAAAAGUAUGGAAACUACACAUUGUAAAAUCCUGUUAAUCCACAUUUUCAUUUAUUCAUUAGUGCUCGCACAAAACAUUCAUAAAAUUCCCAAAGCACACAUCUUUGUAGGGAUAAUAUUCCUGUCGGAAAUCUAAAUGACAAUUCAAAAUCUGUUUGACAGAAUUCCACACCAUUACCCUGCAAAACAAAAUUACUUUCAAACAGUCCUUUAUGUUAAAUUGAUAAAUUACACAUUUAUUCAUGUUACAUUGAGAAACAUGCAAAGCACAACUUCAUAAAACAAUUUCCGUUACAAUGCUGAGGAUUAUCUACAGUCCUCUAGCUAUAUAAAGCAGCCCAAGUCCACCCCCCCCCCCCAAGUAAGUCAAUCUUACAUGAUGCCAUAUAAAACAAUUCUACCAUAUUUACAUCAUUCGACAGUGUUGAGUGAUUUGACAUGUCCUGAUUUGUACAUUUGCAUUUCAUCAUGUAAAGGCCCACACAAAAUGACAAAAUCAAAUAAAGAGGGAUCAGUGCUUCUCUCACUACCAGUUACAUUAUCACA